AUGAUCACCUUCUACGAUAUCGCAACGCGGCUUUCACCGCAGGCCAUGGCACCGAAUACGUUUAAAACACGACUGGCGCUCAACUAUAAGGGUAUCCCGUACAAGACAGAAUGGGUUGAGUUCCCAGACAUCGAAGCCGUCGUUAAGAGACUCGGCGGAACUCCAACGAGCAAGAAGGCAGACGGCAGCGAUUAUUACACGCUUCCUAUGAUCCACGAUUCGACGACAGGAAAAGUGGUCACUGACUCCAUUGCUAUUGCGGAAUACCUUGAUGCGACGUACCCCGACAAGCCACUGCUCUUCCCGCCAGGAACGAAGGCCGCGACAGCGACACUCAACCAUGUGUUUAUGCAGAGCCUGAAUCCGAUAUCCCCUAUCAUGAUCUAUGAAGUAUACGGCACCCUCAACCAGCCGAGCCAAGUUUACUGGCGUACCACUCGUGAAGCAGCAAUCGGAAAGAAGUUGGAGGAAUUUGCACCACCGGGUCCUGACCGUGAUGAGAUGUGGAAGCAGUGCAAGGAGGGUUUGGAUACUCUAGCGGGAUUCUAUGAUAGGAAUGGGGAGGGGAAGAGAUUCUUUUUCGCUGAUACGUUCUCGUUUGCGGACACAAUUGUCAUCGGUUUCUUGGUUUGGAUCGAGAUUACUUUAGGCACAACGAACGAAGAAUGGAAAGCAAUAGCGGGCUGGAGCAACGGAAGAUGGGGAAAGUUGCUAGAGUCAACGCGGAACCUGCAGGCUGUGAAUUAG